CCUGCCGCCGGCAGUCGGCCCCACAGCUGGCCAAGCCAAGGCUGGACAACAACGGACGCACACACUCGAGAAUCCGCUCACCUCACUACAUACAUCUACACUAUGUUCCGCUCGCUCGCUCGUUCGCUUGUUGCCGCUCGCCCGGCUGCUGCCUCUGCCGCUCGCACCAUGGCCACGACCACGGCUGCUGCCGAGUCUGGUGCGUCGUUCAACUGGGGCUUUGCUGCCGGUGCCGCGUUUGCCGGCGCUGCCGCGCUCGCCAUCUCACAGUACUCGGGCGAGUCGUUCUCCACCAUGUCCGCGGCGGCCGACGUCCCUGUGGCUGGCCUCCCCGGCACUAACCAGGAGCGCUCGUUCUUCAUGGUCAAGCCCGAUGCUGUCCAGCGCGGCCUUGUGUCCGAGAUCAUCGGCCGGUUCGAGAAGCGUGGCUACAAGAUCGUGGCCAUGAAGAUGGUCACGCCGUCGCGCGAGCUCAUCGAGGCUCACUACGACGACCUCCGCUCGCGCCCGUUCUUUGAGGGUCUCUGCAAGUACAUGUCGUCGGGCGAGGCUCCUGUUGUCGCCUUUGUCGUCGAGGGCAAGGGCAUCAUUAAGGUCGGCCGCGACAUGAUCGGCGUCACCGACCCGCUCAAGUCUGCCCCGGGCACCAUCCGCGGCGACACUGGCGUGAGCAUUGGCAUGAACUCGAUCCACGGCUCCGAUGGCGUCGAGGGCGCUGCCUCCGAGAUCCCGCUCUGGUUCUCGCAGGACGAGAUCGCCAACUGGAACAAGACCGCCGACAAGUGGAUCUACGAGUAGACGUGCGUACGCGCUCUCCGCCGACCCGUGGCCGCGGCCGCUUUCUGCAGCCUCUGCCAUUGGAAUACACACAUCCGGUUUCUGA